AUGGCUCCAUUGCCGUUAUCAAUGACUCCCUGCCAGCAUCGUUUCGCCUCGCAUCGCCUCACCUCGAAUAUCGGCCACUGCUACGUUACAGAAUCCAAACCAGCUAAAAUCGCCCUCGCAGGCAGCGCACACGCAAUGCAUGGAUGUUUUUCGCCCCUCUCUACAGCGGAUAGAGCCCGCUACGAGUCACCGUGCCGCCAUCCAUGGGCUCCGCCCCAGGGCCCGAAAAGGGUCCUCUCAACAACAGCCCUUGCGCAACGUGCCCGGCCCAGCAUCAGAGAUUUUUGAUCGCGGCUGAUGCCCAGCUCCGUCGUCUCAAUCCCAAUCCAGGCUAGAAUGCGCGUCUUCCCUUGUCCAGGGAGCUGGAGCCCAUAUAAAUGGCAAGGCUACGGUAUCGCUCGGUGGGUAACCCGUUUGAUAUGCCGCAGCCUAGUGCUGCAUAGUGCGGCAAGGCGAUUCAGCGCACGAUAAGAUGCGGUAGCUUGAUGCACUUUGCAUGGAUUCUAGAGC